UGUAGCUAUGCUGUUGGUUCGACAACAUUCGGGAGGGACUAAUUAUAGAAUCAUAGAAUUUGGGAAGUGAUGGGAUUUUCUCGGUUGAUUCGAGUCCGGAAAGGGGAUGCUUUGCUUGGGAGUCACCCACUGAGGCACAAAGGACGACUUCCAAUGCUUCGGUUCUGCAGGCUUUUUGGAUCGCUUUAUGGCAUUGCCUUUACAAUGUGGUACUCUAGUGGUACUGGCAUGAGCUUAGCUUGAAAAAAGCUAAAGCUUACUUUUUAAUAAAUCUUAUAAAAGUUAUUACCGGCGCAUAACGUUGGCGUUAACGGGGAGGGUCGGGUGAGUCAGCAAAAGCUGUUACACGGGGCGGCUAAUAGGAAUGAUAGCGCUUCCCAGUUUAUCUAGGGCAGGGCAGACGGGAUGCCGAGUUUUCUAGGAGCUGUAGUCGUAUGUGCUGGAUAACCCAAUAGAUG